AUGCCCUUUUAUGGUCUAUAUAUACCCGUUAAGGGCGGAGGUACUACAACAGCGUCUGGAUCGGGAACAGCCAAUGUUGCAUCUGCCAACGACAAUGAAACCGCCGAAUCUCAAUUUGUUUUCAGUACCAAAGCUGAAGCAUUAAAAGUCUUGAAAAAACACAAAGAUGCCAGGCUCAAGGAAUUCAAUGAUGAAGAUGAAGCCAUGAAAUAUGCCCAAACUGGUUUCGAAAUUGUUCAACAAAAAUAUAAUGACGUUAGAACGUCAACGACAGCAUUGGAAACACCAGCAUUUCGAGGACCGACCAAACAAGAAUUGGCACGUUUUCGUAAAUGCAUCGAAGCGGAUGAAUAUGAACGUGUCAAACAAAUAAUAUGGGAUAAUCCGCGUUACCUUGUCAGUUCGGGUGAUACACCGACCUCGUUGAAAGAAGGCUGCCGUUAUAAUGCUAUGCAUAUCUGUGCAAUUUCAAAUCGUCCACAAAUUGCAAAACUUAUACUCAAUACGGUGUCCGAUACGAAAUUUGUUGACCUUCUGACGGGUAAAAAGAACGAUCAGAAAAUGUGUCAAGAAUUGUGUGCAAAUCUAUUGGACUAUUAUUUGAAUAUACCGGAGAAGGGCCGGAGUGAGACGCCCUUACAUUUUGCUGCCAAAUAUGGUUUUCCUAAAAUGGUUGAACUGCUGACUUCAUAUCCAGAAUGUAAAAUUAAACCAAACAUUGAUGGUAGUUUACCACAAGACAUAAUUUGCAUGCGUGGCACACCGUCAAAUGAUGUUUAUGAUAAAAUCAAAAGCCUUUUCGAGGAGAGAUUUUAUGUGCCUGUAUUACGUUGUAGUGAUGCCUCAAUUCCAGCCCAAAUUGGAGAACCAUUUUCUGUGAAUAACCCACCAAAACUAAACUGUGAUCCUUUAAGUCCCGAAGUGGAAAUAAAAGCAUUAGCUGGUCCCAUGACUAAAGAUCAGGCAAAGAAAUUUUUCAAACGCUGGAAAACACCACCACGUUUGGGCAGCAAUGUCUCCUCACCCAUUGCCAAUAGUCCAUUUAUAUCACCCAUGAAAUCACGCCGCAGUCUACCAAUAACUCCAGGAGGAGGUGGAGGUGGCGGCAGUGCAACAAAUUCACCCACUGCCAUGUUACAAAGACGUUCCCUUUUCAAUUCAACGCCACAGCGUAAAGAUCAUCGGAGUGUGGCAAACGAUUCAAAUGGUUUCUCAGAUCAUUCCAUUAUUUUAGAUGAUUCCUUUGAAGAUCAUCAAAAUGGCAAUGGCGGUGAUAAUGAUAAAGAAAAUGGCCAAAAAUCAUUAAACAAAAUUGAAACAAAUAACAAUCAUGGCCGCUUGGUGCCAAAAUUAAAGACUGGCCUCUGUCCCGGUACACCUUUGUUUAAAAUCAAAAGAGAUGCCUUCUUUACAUAUCGUGAACAACAAAUGGCUUCACCGAUGCCAGCCUGUUUGGAUGUGCAAAAUGAGACUGCAGAUUUGUUCAAUUGUUCCGACAUCUAUGAUAGUCCUGGCUUUAAAGAACGCCACGUCAAGAAUACCGAUCCUGAGAAGGGCAUUGAAUGUAUUGGUCGUAACCUGGCCAAAGAACAAAAUGUCGAAUGGCGUGAAUAUUGGGAUUUUCUGGAAGAAUUUAUAGAUAUUGCCUCGGAACAGGGUAUGAAGACACUGGAAAGUUAUUUGGCUCAAAAGCAGGCUGAAUAUGAGGCAGAACAGAACAAGAAAAAACGUAAUAACUCGGAAAUGUUGGAAGAAGUUUGUUCGGCUUUGGAGAAAUUUGGUUUUGGUGCCACUACCGCAUCGGAUAGUCAUGGUCGAAAUGGUAUUAAUCAAAAUGGUUAUCGUAGCACAGGAACCGGAUCGGGUACUGCUAAUUUAAAUGCCUCCACUGCACAUCAGUCAUCAACACCCUAUACCUAUGUGGAGAAAUCAUUACAGGUGCAUGCACGGCGCAUGACAAAGACCAUUGUCCACAACAUUGAUAAUGUUGUGUCCAUAAAUGAUGCUCUGCUAUUGGAAUUGAGACGAGUGAAAUCACUGAUUUACAGUUUCAAAGAGGAUGUCAGUUUUGUCAAUGUUAGCUUUGAAAAAGUCCAUUCGCGUAUUGGUAAUUUGGUAUCGACAUUUUUGGAAAAUUCCCAAGAAAUCAGCAUUGAAAUGAAGGCGAAAAUAUUGAAAAUUUUACAAAACCUGUUGCUGACACCGGGUGAGCGACGGGAACACAUUGAAUGUGUGUGCUCACGUAUUCUAUAUAAAUUGGAAAAUCCAGUUGAACAAAUUUUACCCGAAAAUCUCAAAACCGAAGAAAUGUGUUCGAAAUUAUGGUCUCAGGAAAACUCCUGUGAUUGCCAAUGGGAAAGUAAUUUGAGUCGCAAAACUAGCCAUCGCAAUCGCAUGGAGGCACGCUAUAAAAAUCAUCAACGCAUGAAACAACAGGAACGAGCUGUAAAAGAGGCUCAGAAACAGGAACAUAAUAAUCGUGAAUAUCGCAAUCCCAGAGAUGAUAACGAUUCAUCAGAUGACAAUAAUGAGGAUGUGUUUUGGUCUGAUUUUGGUUCUGAUAGCGAAGAAGAUGAAAUAUUUCAAACACCUCCCGAAAGUCCAUCACGUUUAAGUUUAACGGCAGAAGCGGAUAAUGAUGAUGAUGGUGGCUACAAAAUAUUUAUUUAUGGAAAUGAACCAACAAAACGUGAUUUGGAUGUUUUAAAUGCUAUUUUCCAUGUUGAGCUCGAUAAAAAUAUAUAUCCAACAGUUCAUUCCUGGAAGGCAGCAUUGAUGCGUUACACCAAUGAAGAAAUGGACUUCUUCCCAUCACCAAGAAUUGUCAAGAAGACUCAUACAUUCUCAGUUCUUAAUAAAACGGAUUCAUCCAUACCGGCGACACAUAUUUCAUCACCAGCAGCAACAGCACCAUCUAUAGAUAAUAAGACGUCACAAUCAUUUAUGCGUUUAAAUAUAAAUGCUUCACUGAAUAUGGGUUCGCCGAGACAAACCAAACCACAGCAGCCUACAUUACAGUCAGGUUCACAGGCUACCAUUAUACGAGAGCCAAUACUACAACUGCCCACAGCAAAACGUCUAUUUGCAUCGCCGGGAAGACCAACAAAAUCAGGAACUGCCACAAAAUUAGCCGUAAAUGAAACAAAUAACUCAGCAGCAUUAACAAAUUCCUCCAGCUCGAACUUGACCAGCAACACAACACCACCCCCGACCACCACCGACACGGCGAAUGCAAAUGUUGAGCCGAAAAAUAAGUUGACGCCAGAAAAUAAUAUUGCUGCCCCACGUUCACUGGUUAGUGAAUUCCAAAGGCCAUUGACUCCAUUGAAUAAAAUUCGUGGACUCUUUAGUGCCUAUCGUGAUCGUUUCGAAAGUAGUCCAUUGCCAUCCCCGAUGACGGAACGCAACAACAGAGAAAGUGCCAAUAGUCUGUCGUUGUUAAAUAUAUCAAGUACGACAGAUUAUUGA